AUGGUUGCGAAGACGCGGCCCGCACAAUCUCCGGAGUUCAGCAAACUGGGCCGGCGCAUGAUCACGCAGCAAAAGCUGCUGCUGACGGGUGGAUUGGUCUGUGCAAAUUUCAUCCUCAUCUUUGCCACCUGGUGGUGGCCGGCUUAUUACUACGUGUACCUUCCCUUCAUCACACUCACCGUUGCCCUCAACUGCAUCAUGGUCGCUUCCAUCAUUUUCCAUACCAUCAAGCACCGCAUCUUCCCGGAAAAGGUCAUCAUGCCCACCUCACCUGAAUCUCUCGUUCUCCUCCUGCCCUGCUACAACGAGAAUCUGGAAGAGUGCACCAAAUCACUCGACUCUCUCGUAGCGCAGAAGCACCUGGAAAACCACAAGAGAGCCAUCAUGAUCAUCUGCGACGGCCGGGUGCGCGGCGCGGGAAUGGAAAAGACGACGGCGCAGUAUCUGCUCGAGGACAUCCUCGUCGAGAAGACGGAGCGCAAGGUGGUCAAGCAAGCGUACACGGCGUGGGACCAGCAGCCGAUGGACGUGACGGUGCAGAAGGGCAGCUACAAGGGCACGCCGUACUUUUGCAUCAUCAAGCACCAGAACCAGGGCAAGCGCGACGGGCUGAUCGCGCUGCGCUCGUUCCUGUACAAGUACAACACGCGGGCCGAGAAGCCGCAGAUGCUGUUCCGGCCCGCCUUCUUCGCCGAGAUGGCCAUGUUCCUGGGCGAGGACGCGGGCAUCGACCACGUCUCGCACCUGGUCGGCAUGGACGCCGACACCGUCUUCGCCGACGACUGCAUCUCGGAGCUGUUGAAGCAGAGUCACUACCCGAACACGGUCGGCGUGUGCGGCUACGUGGCCGUCGACUUCAAGAACCGCAACUGGAACCCCUGGAGCCUGUAUCAGUCGUCCGAGUACACCAUCUCGCAGGGCUUGCGGCGUCUGCACCAGUCGAUCGUGACGAACAAGGUGUCCUGUCUGCCCGGCUGCUGCCAGCUGCUCAAGAUCUGCGAGGAGACGUGCGGCGACCGGGUGCUGGUGGAGCUGUUCGGGUACUGCCCGACGCCGGCGGACAACAUCAUCAAGCAGAUCCGGGCCACGGCGUCCGAGGACCGCAACCACGUCUGCCUGAUGCUGUCGGCGCGGCCGCAGAGCAAGACGCGCCAGGCGCUGCGCGCGCGCGCCAUGACCGACGUGCCGCAGUCGUGGUCCGUCUUCCUGUCGCAGCGCCGCCGCUGGACGCUGGGCGCCACGUCAAACGACCUCUUCCUCUUCAAGGCGCCCGGCGUGCAGUGGUGGGAGCGCAUCCUCGCCUUCGCCAACUGCAUGACCUGGGCUCUCAACGUCUUCAUCUUCGCCAGCCUGGCCAGUCUGAUCCACUCCAUCUUGGUCGUCCCGUGGUGGAUCAUCCUCGCCUUCGCCUCGGUCAUGGUCACCCCGCUGACCUACUACCUCUGCAUCACCUUCUGGCUGCCCCGCACCUUCCGCGAGCGCGUCCAGUACCUCGCCGGCUGCUGCCUCUACGUCUUCUGCGGCCCCUUCAUCAACAUCACCGUCCUCUUCUACGCCGUCUGGAACAUGGACUCGUUCGGCUGGGGCAAGACGCGCAAAGUCAUCUCCACCGACGACAGCGACGAAGCCACCCCCGUUCCCACCACCACCACCACCACCGCCACCCUCCCCACCGACAUCGAAGCCCCACCCCCAACCACCCUCCGCCCCCCGCACCCUGCCUCCUCCCUCCACCCCGAAAUCAUCGCCCUCGUCGGCUGCCCUGAUGAUACCACAAUUGCAUCCGCCUUCGGCGCCUCCCACCGCACCCUCGUCUACACGCCCCUCGACGCCUCGGCAGGCGAGAGCCUCGCCCGCGCCCGCACCCUCCACGCUCACCCGCACCGCACCGUCGAGGUCACGGCCGACGCCGCGCGCCUGCGUCUCGCGCACAUCUUCGUCGUGGCUGCGACGAGUGCCGGGGGGAUGGACGAUGCGCUGGCCGCGGUUUUCGCGCACGCGGCGAGGGGCAGCGUCGUCGUGGUGCUGGAGAGCGAGGGGGAUGGCGAUGGUGCGGAGGGGAAGCAGCACGCCGUCGACGCGUUGCUGGCGCGCUGCGACGAUGCGGGCGUCGUGCUCGGGCUCGCGGCGCGCGAGCGGCCGUGGGAGGUCGUCGUGGCGGGGAGCGAGGUUGGCGCGGCGAAGGUGAGGGAGGUGUGGGAGCGCGUGAGGCCGGUGGGGGCGAGGGUCGUUGUUGCGGGACCGGCGGAGCCAGCGCCGGAGUCGAAUGAGGGGAAGAAGAGGGUGAGGAAGGAGGGCGGUGCUGGUGGUGGUGUUGGGGCGGAGGCGAAGGAGCCGGUUAGGGCGAGGGUGGAGGAGGUGAGGACGGUGGGGGCGGUUUGA